CUAAAACUAUUAAAAAUACAAAUUUUCAACAAUUAAAUUUAAUUAAUCAAUUUGAGCAAAGAACUAAACAAAGAGUUAUCAAUAAUUUUAUUGAUAAAAUGAAUUAUAAUGAACUAUUAAAUUUGGAAUAUAAAUUUGCUAGAGUAGUUUUUGCUUCUACAAAAUUAUCUGAAGAACUUUUAAAUAAAGUUUAUGAAGAUAUAAAAAAAGAAAUUGAAGAUAAAAUUAAUAAAGCUUAA